UUUUGACCAAAAAUGUAAUUACUGCAGUUAGACUUUGUAAGGCAGUAUAGUCGGCCUAUGUUUGUUUGUUUUUGGAUAUAAUAAUAAUUCAUAGAUCAGUUCCCAUCAUCCUUCAGAGGGGGGCGAUAAUUUACCAAAAGCUGUUUGCCAACCGCUAUCAGACAGAGGAAGAGGAAGAAGAAGAAGUAGAUCAUAAUAAUAAUAAUCAUCAUCAUCAAACAACAGCUUUGCUCAGAAUGACAGCAGACGGGCCGUGAGCAGUCAUCAGUAGAACAUGUCCAGGCUGCAGAGUGUGAAGAUGUUCGUCCAGCAGCGGCUCUCUGCGGCUGUAGACGAGAUCCUCAUCCAUCUAGAGAGCACCAUGAGCCAGUAUGAGGAGGAGAUGGUCCGCCGUUAUCAGCUGGAUACGGUUUCUGACCCGAAAGAGAAGCUGCAAAGAGCAGUUUUUUCUCCAGAAGUCCAGCAUCAGUGGCUGAUUAAAGAGGAGCAGCAGGAGGAGCCAGAGCAGCCGGACAUUAAAGAGGAACAGGAGGAUUUUUGGAGCAGUCAGGAGGUCAGGAGCCAUCUGCAAGGCCUGCAGGAGGAGGAGCACAUCUUAGGGUUCUCAUUCACUCCUGUCCUUGUGAAGAGUGAAGAUAAUGAAGACGAAGCUCAUUCUUCACCGCUUCAUCAAAGACACAGUGAGGAGGAGAGAAAGGCAGAGCCUCCAACCAGCAGCUCCACUCAGCAGAUGAAAAGAGAAGCUGGAGGAGAGGAGUGUGGAGGAUCAGACCCUGACAGGGUUUUAGUGUCGCAUUUUAAAUGUCUAUCUGGAUCUGAUGACAAAACUUCACACAAUGAAGAAAGUGUUGAUGGCAUGGCGACCAGGAAACCACAGACACAUUUAAAUACUAUGAAAAAUAAAGUUCCUGUAAGAGAUAUGGGAGGUUACACUGGCAAGAAAUUGUUUAGCUGCUCAAAGUGUGAUAAAAGAUUUGGCCAGAAGCACCAUCUCCAGACACACAUGAGAUGCCACACUGGAGAGAAACCCUUUAGUUGUUCUCUUUGUGGUAAGAAAUUUACUCAGAAAGGAAAUCUGACUCAACACCUGACAGUCCACACACGGGAGAAACCAUGUAGCUGUCCUGUUUGUGGUGAAAGAUUUGCACAAAAGGGAAAUCUGACACAACACAUGACCGUUCACACAAGGGAGAAAGUUUGUGAGAGAUUGACUAACCCGGGUCAGACAAAGCUAAGUUAUUAAGAGUGGACACAUGCAUCCAGGGCUCAGGAGGUAAUAAUUAUAAAUACACUUUAUUUAUAUAAGGCUGUGCAUUCUAAAUGCUACACGAUUAUUAUUUUUUUAAAUGCAUGUUUAUUCAUUCUGUUUAACCCUAGUGUACUCCUCCCGUCGACUAUACACCUUACUUCUUUUUUUAAUAAUCCAAAAAUGAACAAUGCUUUCAAAACAUAAGUUUCACUAAAAGUUGACAUAACCUACAAUGUACAUUCUCAUCAAGAAAUUAUUAUUUCAACUACUUGAACUAUUGGAGAAAAAAAAUCAGGUUUUAUUACUUUUUCUCUUGAAACGAGGCCUCAUUUUGUAUAUUUGACUAAAAUUGACCGAUAAUAAUGAAAAAAAUAUGAAAAUUAAAUAUCAAUUUGUUGGUCAUGAGUUGCAUGAGUUGAUCAUGGGUGCUAUAAAAAUUUAUAAAACACGUAAAAUGUAUGAAGACGAUAUGAUCUAUGAAGGAUGCAGAGGUACACAUAUGCUGAAUGAAUUUUAAGCAAUUCUGUGAAAGAUAACCUAUAUUAAUCGUAUGUUGAAAAUGAUUUGGGGUGAAAAAGGAGCCCAGGACUACAGGAGGGUUAUACCUAGUAUUCCUGCACUAAUUAUGUUACUGUUACACUAUUUGUAGAAUUAGAUUCCAGUGGUGGUUGCUUAGGAUUGGUUCCGACAGUGAUCCAAACAUUUUCUUAAAAAACUCCAGAGUAUUGGAGUCCUAAUGUCAAAAUGUAUUGAGAAAAGAUAGAUGUACUCAUUUUCAAAAAACAUAACAUCUUUUUCUCAAACCAAAUAUCCUGCUUCCAUCUAUUUUUGUUGCCAUUUAUCCUUUCAAAAACAUUUUCACUGUGGUCAAAAAACAGUGUGAUGUACAC